CCACCGCAACAAACCGCCGGAACCUUCAUCUUGGUCUUCGUCUUCGCCGUACCCAUCCCCACACCCUCCACUCUCCGGCACCCGCACGCUCGCCUCGCCGGAACCCUUCUUGCCAUGAUGUCUUCGUCGCCGCCCGCCGGCGCCGCCGACGGCGACAUGGAGACGCUGCCCCUCGCCGCCGCCUCCGACUACGCCUCCGUGGCCUCCACCUUCGACCCCCUCCUCUCCUCCUCCUCGCCCGCCUCCCCUCCCGCCCCCGCCGCCUCCGCCUCCUCCCCGCGCUCCGCCUCGGCCUCCUCCUCCUCCUCCCCGAGAUCCGCGCGCGCCGCCACGUCCGAGUACUCCUACAUCGCCGUCUCCGACCCGGAGACCGAGGCCGAGGCCGCCGCCACCUCCCUCGUCCCCGGAUCCGCCCCCACCUACAUCUCCUACCUCGUCACCAGCGCCCGCCGCGGCGACCACCGCCGCCACUCCGUCCGCCGCCGCUUCCGCGACUUCGUCACCCUCGCCGACCGCCUCGCCGAGUCCUUCCGCGGCCACUUCGUGCCCCCGCGCCCGGACAAGAACACCGUCGAGAGCCAGGUCAUGCAGCGCGACGAGUUCGUGGCCCAGCGCCGCGCGGCUCUCGAGAGGUACCUGUGGCGGCUCGCUGAGCACCCCGCGAUCGGGACCAGCGACGAGCUGCGCGUGUUCCUGCAGGCCGAGGGCAAGAUGCCGCUGCCGAGCAGCACUGACGUUGCCUCGCGGAUGCUCGAUGGCGCGGCGCGUCUGCCAAGGCAGCUGCUUGGGGAGGAGGCGGUGGCCCCGCCGCAGGACGUGGUUCAGCCGGCCAAGGGCGGGAGGGACCUGCUGCGGAUAUUUAAGGAGCUGAAGCAGUCGAUGGUCACGGACUGGGGUGGCGUGAGGCCACCACUGGUGGAGGAGGACAAGGAGUUCCUGGAGAAGAAGCAGAAGAUGCAGGAUUGGGAGCAGCAGCUCAGUAGCGCAUCGCAGCAGGCGGAAGCACUUGUCAAGGCUCAGCAAGAUAUGGGUGACACAAUGGGUGCUCUUGGAUUGGCAUUCGUCAAACUUACAAAGUUUGAGACUGAGGAGGCAAUUUAUGAAUCUCAGAGGAUAAGAGCUGUUGACAGCAAACGUAUAGCAACGGCAGCUGUCAAAGCUAGCAGGACAUGUCGAGAUCUGAAUACACAAACUGUUAAAUAUCUGGAUACUUUGCAUGAACAUUUGGGGAUAAUGCUGUCUGUCCAUACUGCAUUUUCUGAUCGGGCUAGUGCAUUAUUGACUGUUCAAACGCUUAUGUCAGACCUUGCAUCAUUACAAUCAAGGAUUGAGAAACUUGAAGCUGCAUCAUCGAAAGUAUUUGGUGGUGAUAGAACUAGGCUAAGGAAAGUUCACGAGCUGAGAGAAACAAUAAGAGCUACUGAAGAUGCUAAGUGCUGUGCGUUAAGGGAAUAUGAGAGAAUCAAGGAAAAUAACAAAAUUGAACUCAGCAGAUUAGAUAGAGAAAGGAGAGAAGAUUUCCUGGAGAUGCUGAAAGGAUAUGUUACAAGCCAGGCUUCAUAUGCAGAGAAGAUCGUUGACGGUUGGGAGACAGUGGCGGAGGAGACCAGCGGAUAUGCGCGAAGAUCAUCAAAUGACGCAACAUAUUAGUCUGUGUUUUGUUGGGGUACAUGUAUGUACAAUGUAAUUUAGGAUGCGAUCCGAAUAGAAGAAAGAUGAACCUAAAUUCAAUUUGUUUUUCAGUUAUCUGUUGCAUCGCUUUGCCAUUGUCUGGAAUGUACCCAUUGAUUGCUCUGUC